CUGGGCAGGGGCGUGCCUUGCCGUGGGGUAGGUAGUCCCUGUUUUGGCUGGUGUAGUCGAGAAUUUGAUGAAGAAGGGGGAUCUGGGUUCGAAAUUGUCGAACUCCAUUGCCUUCAGUUCGUUGACUCUGGAACCCCUGGACUAGGAGCUCUUACUGAAGCCCCAACACUUGCCUCCUUCACACCUCAGCUGGAGGCGGGGCAAAAGUGAUAUUUGUUCUCCAAAACUGCAUUAUUUGACCCUUACCCACAUGUUCUUGGAUGGAGACCAACAGUAGAUGUAAAAUAAAACACUGGACUGUCAAUUACAAAUGUGGCAUUACUGCUGUUGCAGUGAUCCAAACCCGGUAGCAGCAGAUGUGACACAAGGGGUUUUUGUAUCGCCAUGCGGUGCCGCUGAGAUGUGCUGUUGAUGAGCUUUUCCCUAUCCUGUGGCAAAAACACACUUCAACUGCAGUGUAGCAGCAACGAGUUACUAAAUCUACAAAGUCAUGGCCAAAGGAUAAAAAUCACAGAGUUUAAAAGCUUGAUUUUGAAGUUACACAUUCUACAUGCCUUUUUUUAUUACCUGCUACCUUGAUGCCAAAACCAUCUGGAAGCCAACUGCUCACACCUUCUCAGCUGGCAGCAAGGUGGGAUAUGGCUCAAGAGACUAACCAAACCCAAGUGCCUAUGCUCUGUGCCACUGGCUGUGGAUUUUAUGGGAACCCUCGUACAAAUGGAAUGUGUUCAGUUUGUUAUAAGGAUUUUGUGCAGAGACAGAACAGUAAUGGGAGAGUCAGCCCCCCAGCCCCUUCUGGUGUGAGUAGUUUAGGAGAAUCUUUACCAGUACAGUGUUCAGAAGGAAAUCCUGCAGACGUCACAGCAACCCUAACCCAGACAGCUACACCACUGGAGCAGAGCAGCAUUGUGACGCGCCAGACUCUCUUAUCACAAGCAUCACUUACAAAUUCUGAAGAGGAUGAUUCAACGGGGGACAAAACAGGGCUGAAAACAGAAGAAUUACAUGGUAUAGAGGGCACAGAAACACCAGUGAACGUCACUGUAUGCAAGGAAGUUAGUAAAGGAAAGGAGGACUGUCCCCUUGGCCUAUUGGAUAGAGCAGCCAUCUCAGAGAAAGACACAGGUUCUGAGUGCAUGGAGGACAGUUCAAAGAGACCCAAAAGAAAGUUAGAUGAAACUGGUCAGAUAUUAAAUGGAAUGUGUGCUUCCGUGUCGGAUGACUCUGACCAGGCCUCUUCAGAAGGGCUGGACAGAUCCCCCGAAAAACCCAAACAGAAGAAGAACCGCUGCUUUAUAUGCCGGAAGAAAGUGGGACUCACAGGCUUUGACUGCAGAUGUGGAAACUUGUUUUGUGGCAUCCACCGAUACUCUGACAUUCACAACUGUACCUUUGAUUACAAGGCUGACGCAGCGGAGAAAAUCAGGAAAGAAAACCCAGUAGUUGUUGGAGAGAAGAUACAGAAGAUCUGAAGCAUCAGUUUGAUGGAUUUUGUAAAACACCUGUGAUUUACAUUGACUUGAGGGUUUUGUUUCUUUUUAAAAUUCCAUUAAUGGGGAUUCUCAGCUAUGUAUCCUUAGUAGAUAAAUCAUGCAUGUCAUCUGAAAUGCGUUUUUGAAAAUUACUUUUUUUUUUAAUAUUUCCCUUGCAGUUAUGAUUUUACUCAUCCCCUUUUUUGGACAUUGUGGUUGGAUGGUGAAAUCUGAGCAGACUCUAGGACUUAUACUAUUUUAUGCCAUUUUAAUUUUAGUUACUUAAGGGCUUUCAUAACAAUUAGGUGAAAACAACUGGAGGGCUGUGCUUUUCUGGUAACUAUAAAAUGCAUGUUGUAGCAUUUACUUUUUUUCUUUGUAUAUGGCUUCUUCCUCUGCAGCACGAUUUCUUUUGAAUGUGCAUUCUAAAAGGCACUCAUAGAUAUCAAUAAUUGAAUGUAUUCUAAUCAUUAUAGGCUGCUUUUGUUCUACAUUAACAGACCACAAAAACAGUUUCAACAUUUAUUGGCUUGUAUGCUCCCACAAAUUAUUUAUAUCUGAAUUGUUUAGGAGAAUGUAUGAUGUUGUGGUUUAAAAGUUUGUAUGUUUCUUUUGAGUGGUGGUGGUGGUGGUGGGGGGGGGGAUAAAAUGCCUGUAUACACUUCAUUGCUGGCUGUGAGUGUUAAUGGGACAAUAUAGUUCAUUUAUCUGAGAGUGCACAAAUGAAGUAUGACCUGAAAUUGUGCUGUAUUUAUGUUAGUUUAUUCACUGUCUUAAAUAAAGUUAAGAAUUACAAAUUUUUA